AUGACUACAUCGGAUUGCGUGGGAAACUCAGAGAAGAUGGAUGGGAACGGGGCACUUCAGACUGGAAGUUCAAAACAAAUUUUUCGCGAAUCGAACAGCAAUGGCAAUCAUGUCAAUGGAAACAGCACGCAUAUCAACGGAAAUGGCAUUCAUGUCAAUGGCAGCGAAGCGCACAUCCAUAGAAACGGCACGCAUAUCAACGGAAAUGGCGUUCAUGUCAAUGGAAAGGAGACACACAUUAAUACAAAUGGCACGCAUAUCAACGGAAAUGGCAUUCAUGCCAAUGGAAAUGAGACGCACAUCAAUGGAAAUGGGACAUUGCUCGAAUUCGACACGUCGUCCUCGAAGGUCCAUACAACAAGCGACUUCAAGGAGGAGUUCAGCAUCAUCUGUGCAAAGGUUUUGAAAAUUAAUAUUGAGGAGUUAGAUGAUACUUACUCUUUUGUUUCUUUAGGAGGCGAUUCUAUAUCAGCCAUCAGGCUUGUAACGGCAUGCGAGGAGCGGGGAAUAGAGUUGAAGACUGCUGAUGUUAUCAGCACAGAGAGCAUUUUAGAGCUGUUCUCUACCGCACGACAUCGGCCUUCCGCAGAGGAUAGCAACGGUGAAGCGAGUAUUUUCAACAACGGUGACCAGGAAGACAUUGACCCUGCGCCAUUCGCGCUGUGGGCCUCUCAUCGAGAUUCAGAUUUGACCGAACAACGGCGGCGGCUGGAGGAGAUUGCGCUGUUGUGCGAUGUUGAAGCUGAGCAGAUUGAGGAUGUUUACCCCUGUACACCUUUGCAGGAAGGUUUGAUAGCCAUAACGACACGACAGCCGGCAGCGUAUAUGGAGCGCCGCGCAUUCUCUCUUACGGAAGACAUCGACUUGGAACGAUUUUGGGCUGCAUGGGAGACGCUGGUUGCAACAGUGGCCAGUCUACGAACCCGCGUAGUCAUGGGGCCUGGGGGUCAAUCACUGCAGGUGGUGAUCCGCGAACGCUUGUUAUGGCGGCGAGGAUCGAGUUUGAAGAGCUAUCUAGCACAGGAUCGUGCCGAGGGAAUGACGCUCGGCCAGCCGCUGGCACGGUUUGGUCAGAUUGAAGAGGAAUCCGGACGAUGCAUCUUUGUCUGGACAGCACAUCACAGUAUUUACGAUGGGUGGAGCGCCUUAUUGCUUUACCGACAACUUGCAGCCAUUUACCAGCAAAGUUGCGUUCCUCGUCAGAUACCUUACUCCCGGUUCCUUCGUUACCUUGCCGACCAAGAUUUUACAGUUGCAGCAGGUUACUGGCGCGACCAGCUUCAUGGCGAUGCAAUGGCCGACUGGCCCCCAUUACCGAGUGCAAACUAUCAGCCACACCCGAAACAUGUAUAUCGAAGCAGUAUCAAUCUUCCCGAAGGUUAUGAUUCUGGAACGAUCAUGAUGUCUAAUGUCCUGCGAGCGGCUUGGGCUCUGGUUGUGGCACAAUAUUCUGGGAACGACGAUGUGAUAUUUGCAGUUACCGUAUCAGGCAGAAAUGCACCAAUAUCACAAAUAGGAGACAUUAUCGCUCUUACCAUUACUACUGUCCCUGUCCGAAUAUGCAUAGACCGCACUAUGACUGUUGCAGAGUUUUUAUUACAGGUUCAGAGCCAAGCGGUCAAGAUGAUCGAAUACGAGCACACUGGGCUUCAAACGAUUAAAAGGUUACUUCCUGAAUUUAGCAAUGCGCUAGAGCUACAGAAUUUGCUCAUCAUACAACCUGGAGCCGAGAGUGAUGCUUAUAAGGAGUUCCCUGGGCUUGAAGCGAUACCGGUGGCGAUGGAUGGCUUUGAUAGCUACAGUCUCAAUGUAGAAUGCAUACUCGGCAGCCAGGCAAUUGAAGUUCAUGUCAACUACGACGACCAAGUCCUCGACAAUAUGCAAUUACAACAUGUUAUGGAACAAUUCUCAUCCACAGUCCAACGAUUGUGCAGUCCAUCGGUCGGCAAACUCUUAGUUCACGAGGUAGCUAUGAUCAAGACAUCAGAUCAACGACAGAUCCUUGACUGGAAUGAGUUUGUUCCUCCGGGUGUGAACAGGUGUAUUCACCAUUUGGUACAAGAUCAGGUCAAUGCACAACCAGCUACGAGCGCAGUCGAUGCGUGGGACGGAGAAUAUACGUAUGCGGACUUAGCGAGCGAAAGUAUACGCUUAGCCCACCACCUAGUUCGCCUCCAGGUGGGACCUGAACAAUCUGUCGGUCUUUGUAUGAGCAAAUCUAGAUUCAGCAUUGUCGCUAUGCUAGCUAUUUUAUAUGCAGGUGGCUCGGUCCUGCCAUUGGGCGUAACACACCCUUUUGCUAGGACGAGUAGCAUUGUUCAAGAAACUAAGACUAGGAUCGUUUUGGUUGAUGAGCAGCAGCGAACUGAAUUGGGGGCGCUGGCGGCAACCCUGAUCGUUGUAGAUUCGACACUCAUUGAAGGGUUGCCCUCUGAAGAGAACCCCCCUGAGACUGGAGUAACGCCUGAUAAUGCUGCCUGGAUUCUUUACACCUCAGGAAGCACUGGAACCCCCAAAGGAGUGGUAUUGCAACACGCAUCACUCUGUACUAGUCUGACAGGUCACGCAAAGUCUGUGGGAAUCAACAACUACACCCGAACUUUCCAAUUUGCUGCUUUCACGUUCGAUGUCAGUAUCUGUGACAUCUUUAGCACCCUCCAAGCUGGUGGAUGCGUCUGCAUGCCAUCUGAAGAUGAGCGCAUGAACUCAUUGGCAGAGGCCGCGAGUCGAAUGGACGUCAAUUAUGCUGAACUCACGUCGACAGUGACGGAGACAAUAACUCCAUCCCAAGUCCCCUCAUUAUCCACUUUGCUCCUGAGUGGUGAGCCCCUAAAGCCUUCAGUUCUGUCCACCUGGGGAAGGCGAUCUAGUGUGUUUAACUCAUACGGGCCAACAGAAUGCUCCAUAGUGGCGUCUAACAGUAGGCGAUUAUUUAAUAUUGAGGAGGCACAAAAUAUUGGAAGACCAAUGAAGUCACUGUUCUGGGUCGUGCAGGCAGGCAACUACCAUCAGCUAUGUCCAAUUGGGGCACCCGGCGAGCUCCUUAUCGAAGGUCCACUUCUAGCAAGAGGGUACCUGAACGAUGAGAAGAAGACGCAAGCAGCAUUCAUCAUCGACCCUGACUUUACGAAGCAGCUGGACCUAGGGCCUGGACGUCGUAUGUAUCGCACUGGUGAUCUGGUCCGUCAAAAUCAAGAUGGAUCACUCAUGUACUUGGGUCGAUGCGAUAGUACACAGGUCAAGAUUCGCGGACAGAGGGUGGAAAUUUCUGAGAUUGAGUAUCAAAUCGUGCGCCACCUCCCGGAGAUUCGAACUGUGGCCGUCGAGUUGUUACGACGAGGCGCGCAGACCAGCCUUGUGGCGGUGAUGAAUUUUGCCAUGGAUUCCGAAUAUACCACUCCAGCUGCUUUCAACACAACGACAACAACGAUAGGAACGGUAGCUUCAGCAGAUGUGCUACGUGAAGUCUUCCAGGGCUUGCAGCUGGCACUAUCUCAGGUGCUCCCUGCUUAUAUGAUUCCCGCAUUGUAUGUGCCUAUGUCUAAUAUACCGAUGAAUGCAUCUGGCAAACUUGACCGACGGGCCUUGCGGACACAGCUAGAUGCGAUGCCAUUCAACGAAUUACAACUCUACAUGUCCGACGAGGGACCAAAGACGGCCCCGUCUACCGCCUCAGAGCAGCAGGUCCAGAGUCUGUGGUCAGAGGUGCUGGCUAUAAAUCCUCAGGAUAUAGGAAAAAGCGACAACUUUUUUCGCAUAGGCGGUGAUUCUAUUGCGGCAAUGCGGAUGGUGGCGUUGAAGGAUUCUCGCUACUUACGGCUGACCGUUGCGGACGUUUUUCAGCACCCACGAUUAUCGGAUUUGGCCCGCGUGAUUGAUGGACGCAUGGUUGACGAUGGAGUUGAAGAAGAAGAUGCGGCUCCGCUUGAUCUGUGGGAGAAGUCUGGAAUCUAUGACCGUGAUACGAGUAAGCGAGCACAAGCCCUUGCAAUCAUCGCUACACGGUGCAACAUUAAAGUGGAGGACAUUGAAGACAUCUACCCUUGCACCUCUCUGCAGGAAGGCCUAAUUGCGAUUACUGCACAUCAGCCAACAGCAUAUGUGAGCCGUCAGGUCUACAAACUAGCGCCUACUCUUGAUAUCGCUCGCUUCCAGGAAGCAUGGCAAACCUUGGCUCAAGCAACCCCCAUCCUCCGCACUCGGAUUCUGGCAGGCGUGGAUACUAGUGAUGUAUCACUGCAAGUCGUUGUGCGUGGUAGUAUCUCAUGGCAGUCCGGUGCAGACUUGAGUGACUAUGUUGCUGAAGAUAAAGAUGCUGGUAUGAAGCUUGGCCAGCCGUUGGUGCGAUUUGGCCUUGUCCAGAACACUGGCGAGGGUUUCUUUAUCUGGACCGCCCACCACAGCGUGUACGAUGGCUGGAGCGUGUCGCUGAUGUUUCGGCGUCUUUAUGAUAUCUACUUUGACCAGCGGAUGCCUUCCACAGUACCAUACUCUCGCUUCAUCCGUUAUCUCACCCGCCAUGAUGACGACGCAAGUAGAAGAUAUUGGCUAAAUCAGCUUCAAGGAGAUGUUUUGGCAAAUUGGCCGUCAUUACCGCGUGCUGAUUAUCAACCGAAGCCGCCGCAGCGUUAUACAUACGAUAUUACUCUGUCGGAUCUCGCAAUGCACAAUCGAGAAAACUCAGAUUUGCCGAACGUGCUUCGAGCUGCAUGGGCCCUGACAAUGGGCAAGUAUACUGGUCAAGGUGAUGUAGUCUUCGGAGUUACUCUGUCAGGGCGCAAUGCGCCGGUCUGGCAAAUAGCGGAAAUGACGGGACCAACGAUUACCACUGUACCCGUAAGAAUCCAUUUAGACGGUGCACAGCCUCUCACUGUCAACCAAUUCCUCCAGAACGUACAGCAGCAGGCAGCGGAUAUGAUCAAUUACGAACACUCAGGCUUGCAAGUAAUCAAGAAGCUCGUUCCAGAGCUUGGUUCAAGUCUAGAGCUACGAAACCUACUUGUCAUUCAGCCCACUUCCGAUAUAGACAGCACCACUUUUCCAGGGCUGGACCCAAUGCCGGUCGACCUAGAAGGUUUCGACAGCUACGGACUCACAGUGGAGUGCUCCCAUCUAUCUGGAUUAAUAAAGGUUGAAGCCCGCUACGACGAAAAAGUUAUCGCCACUCCACAGCUUAAGAGGACAAUCAGGACAUUCGAGCAUGUUGUGAGGCAGUUAUUUGAUGUUCGUAACGGUGUACAUCGCCUCGAGGAGAUAUGUUGCCUGAGUGCAUACGAUGAGGAAGCUAUCUUGAACUGGUCGAAGACCUCCCCUGUUCGAAUCGAACGAUGUAUACACGAACUGGUACAAGAGCAAGCUAAAGUUCGCCCUAAUGCUACAGCUAUUUGUGCGUGGGAUGGUAAUCUCACGUAUAACGAGCUUGAUAUACAAACUACAUGGUUAGCCCGAUACUUGACACGCCCUGGAACACGGUCACAGCGGAUGGUUGGCGUUUGCAUGGACAAAUCCAAAUGGGCAGGAAUCUCAAUGCUUGCCGUGCUGAAGGCUGGUGCAGUAGUGGUACCUCUCGGUGUUAAUCAUCCAGAAGCACGUAUAAAAGGCAUGGUUCAUGAUACCGAAAUCGACACAAUUCUGGUGGAUGAGAAGCAGCGAGAUCGGCUCUCCAUUCCAGGCGUCAGGCUGAUCACAGUCGACGCUGAUCUGCUGAAGGAACUGCCUGUUCUUGCUGAGAAGCAAGUACUGCUAAAUAGCACCAGUCCACACAGUGCCGCAUGGGUAAUUUAUACUUCCGGUAGUACUGGCAAGCCGAAGGGAGUUGUACUACAGCACGUCGCCCUUUGCAGUAGUAUACAAGCCCACGGUGCUAGAUUUGGCAUGGACACAAACACAAGGAUGUUGCAAUUCGCUGCGCAUACAUUUGAUGCUUGCAUUCAAGAUUAUUUUACUACAUUGUCCUGGGGGGGCGUGGUUUGCGUCCCAAGCGAGAACGACCGAAUGAGUGACCUGACAGCCGCUAUGCGCCAAAUGAGAGUUACUUUUGCCACCCUUACCUCGACUGUUGCGCGUCUAAUCGACCCCCGUGAGGUGCCGUCGAUGCAACAAAUUGCUCUGGUGGGCGAACCUGUUAAGGCAGACGUCGUGGAGCAGUGGCUAGGCCAUGUCAUAGUCCUCAAUGCGUACGGACCCUCAGAAUGCUCUAUUCAUUCCUCCUGUGGGGAACCUCUGAAAGAUGCAACCCAGUCGGCAGUCAUUGGCACAGGAAUGGGCACAAGACUAUGGGUCGCCGAUGUGGACUACAACCAACUAUGCCCAAUUGGGGCUCCUGGAGAAUUGCUUAUUGAGGGUCCAUUAUUAGCACGAGAAUAUCUCAAUGACGCUAGGAAGACGAGAGCUGCCUUUGUUUCGGAUCCUAGAUUUGCUCAGAGGUUUGACUUGCCAUCCGGUACCCGCAUGUACCGGACUGGAGACCUUGUUAAACAGAACGAGGACUCAUCUAUCACGCACCUUGGGCGACGUGAUACGCAAAUCAAGAUUCGAGGACAGCGUGUGGAGAUUGGCGAAAUUGAAUAUCAAAUUGCACAACAUCCUCAAAUUCGGACUGUGGCUGUAGAACUACUUGAGCAAGACAGCACCGGGUCACAGGUAAUCCUCACAGCGGUGAUAGAAUUUACUGAGGAUAGUGAGCACCGUCAUGGGGCAGUGGCUCCGUCAGGGUUAUUGAUGCUUACCCCUUCCCUGUCGCUUGCAUUCGAAAUGCUACGAGGAUCGCUAUUCCAAGUUUUGCCGACGUACAUGCUGCCGAGCAUGUACGUUCCAAUUGCAGACAUGCCGUUGAAUGUAAAUGGCAAACUCGACCGCCGUGCAGUCCGCGACCUUUUAGGGGCCAUGACGCCUGAUAGCCGACAGCAAUACUUGUCAGCCAGCAAUGAUAAAGCGGCACCUUCCACUAGAGCAGAAUGCCUAGUCCACUCCCUUUGGACUGAAGCAUUGGGCCUCUCCUUCGGCCAAGUGGGUAUCUACGAUAAUUUCUUCCAAAUUGGUGGAGAUUCGGUGGUUGCCAUGCGCAUGGUAGCUACAGAAUCGGCUCGCGAAUUACAAUUGACAGUAGCGGAUUUGUUCCAACACCCGCGGUUGAUUGAGCUAGCAGAACUUCUUGCUAAGCGUUCCGUCAAUAAAGAAGUAGAACAAGACCCUGAACCGUUCUCGCUUUGGUUACAGGAGAAAGUCGGAUCAGAACAGCAACAAGAAAAACUGGAUGUGAUUGCUAAGCAAUGUGGCAUCCCCGUCAACGAUAUCGAGGAUGUAUAUCCGUGCACACCGUUACAAGAAGGGCUUAUGGCCAUCACAGCACGACAGCCAUUGGCAUAUAUCGACCGCCAGGUUUACAAGCUUGCCGAUACGAUUGACUUAGAUCGCUUUCAGGCAGCUUGGCGAGCUCUUUCAGAGGCAACUCCGAUCCUGCGAACACGCAUCCUCACAAGUCAAGGACUGCAAUCAUUUCUCCAAGUCGUGGUGCGUGGAAGUGACCCAUGGAGAGCUAGCGACAAUCUAGAGGACUAUAUAGCUUCGGAUCGAGACGAGGGAAUUGCUCUCGGAAAGCCCCUUGUGAGAUCUGGCUUGGUCCGAGCGCGAGGUUCCAAUGAGCGUUACUUUGUAUGGACGGCUCAUCAUAGCGUGUACGACGGCAUAAGUGCGCUUCUGAUGUAUCGACAGCUUGCCAAUAUAUAUUUCCAGGGCAGUCUACUACCCACGCAGCCCUUUACUCGAUUCAUUCGCUAUCUUGCUCGAAAAGAGGUAGCAACGGCGGACAAUGCAGCCUUUUGGGCUGAUCAGCUUCAAGGAGACGUGAUGGCGAAUUGGCCUCCGCUCCCUCGCAUCGACUACCAGCCAAAGCCACAGCAUGAAAUGACACAAAUUCUUCCACUUCCUCAGUGUGAGUCUCGGAGCGCCGUUACCACUUCCAAUGUGAUUCGUGCUGCUUGGGCUCUUAUAAUGGCACAACACACAGGUUAUAGUGAUAUAGUCUUUGCGGUUACGGUAUCUGGUCGAAACGCACCUAUUCCGCAAGUGGAUAGUAUUAUUGCCCCUACUAUUACUACUGUACCAGUACGUAUCCAAGUCGAUUGGACGCAGGAUGUAGCUGGAUUUCUCCUCGCUAUACAAAAGCAGGCUGCGCAAAUGAUAGAUUAUGAGCAUACUGGCUUGAGGGCUAUCAAGGCUCUAGUUCCUGAGCUCGGUCCGACAUUAGACCUUCGAAAUGUUCUAGUAGUGCAAACAGCUGAAGAACAAGGAGCAGCUGACCACUUCCCCGGUAUCGAAGCACUUCCGCUUGGAAAAGAGAACUUUGACAGCUAUGGACUUCUUACUGAGUGCACACUCGGUAUGGACGAAGUGAGCAUCGCCCUCCGCUAUGAUGACAAUGUCAUACCGUCGUCAUCGAUCAAAAGAAUCCUCGCCCAAUUUGCACAUCUUGUACGACAGCUAAGCGGUACUGCCACAUCCAAACCCUGUCGCUUAAAUGAUAUUGUCCUUGUCGGUCCUGAAGAUCACGAACAGAUCCUGCAGUGGAACGGCACACUACCACGUCGGGUAGACACUUGCAUUCACGAGCUGUUCUAUAAGCAAGUGAUGUCCCAACCUCAAGCAAAAGCAGUAUGCGCAUGGGACGGCGAGCUUUCAUACAGCGACCUAGCUGAUCAGGCCCUACGUCUGGCCCAUCAGCUUGCUAGUCUCGGCAUUGGUCCGGAGAAGAAGAUAGGGCUAUGUAUGAACAAAUCCAAAUGGGCUAUUGUUGCGAUUCUGUCAAUUCUUUUUGCCGGCGGAGUGGUAGUCCCACUUGGCGUUACACAUCCUCUGCCUCGACUUGACGUUGUUAUUGAGGAUGCUUCUAUCGACGUGAUCCUCGUCGACCUACAUCACAAGAGUCGUCUUGCUGAUCUCAGCCGAAAUGUUAAACUAAUUACAGUAAAUCCCUCCUUGCUAAAGACAUUGCCGAUGAACACGGAACCUCCUCUGACUGGAGUGACAUCUCGCAACGCUGCGUGGAUUAUCUACACUUCAGGUAGUACCGGUACUCCUAAGGGCGUCGUGCUAGAACAUGGGGGUUGUUGCACGAGCAUGAGAACCCAGGGUGAGAAAAUGGGAUUAUCAUCCGAGACCCGAGCUUUACAAUUUACACCCUUUACAUUCGAUGUAAGCAUCUCUGAUGUAUCAGCGACCUUGAUCUAUGGUGGAUGUAUUUGCGUUAUAUCCGAGAGCGACCGCCUCAACAACCUACCGGGAGUUAUACGGGCGAUGAAGGUCAAUUUUGCUAGUCUUACUCCAACUGUAGCACAAAUGCUUUCGCCCGCUGAAGUGCCAUCAUUAGCCACAUUGGCAUUGACCGGUGAAGCAGUCAAACCAGAAGUUGUCGAGUUAUGGAUGAAUUCAGUCGCACUUUACGACACAUACGGACCAUCCGAGGGCUCGGUCUGUACAUGCAAUGGGCCACUUUCAAGUCCUGAUCAAGCAGACAAUAUUGGAUUUCCGAUGUCUACCUUACAUUGGGUAACGCAACUACACAAUUAUAAUCAGCUUUGCCCUAUUGGUGCCCCAGGCGAACUUCUGAUCGAAGGACCGCUAUUGGCUAGAGGUUACCUCAACAGUGCGAAGACCAAAGAAUCGUUCGUCGUGGAUCCUACAUUUACAGAGCAACAAACAGGUCUAUCUUCAACCCGUUACAUAUAUCGCACAGGGGACCUAGUACGUCAGAAUGAGGACGGAUCGUUUAUAUACCUCGGUCGGCGCGACAAUCAGAUCAAGAUACGAGGCCAACGAGUGGAAGUUGGCGAGAUUGAAUAUCAGAUCGUCCGUCACUUGGCAGGAGCUCAUGCAGCAGUAGUAGCAAUGCUAGAGGAUGGUGCCAACAUUAGUCUGGUUGCAACUGUAGACUUCAAGAGUGACAGCGAGCACUACCCGGGGGAGGUAGAAUCACUGGGAACCCUAGCUCCAACUCCUCAACUAAGAAACGCUUUCAACGAGCUUCGCCAGUCGCUGACUGAAAUCCUACCAUCCUAUAUGGUGCCUGCAACUUUUCUGCCGUUGGCACAGAUGCCUACAAAUCUCUCCGGCAAACUCGAUCGACUAGAAGUCCAUGCUUUGCUCCAAGCGAUACCACCUAGCGACCUGGCACGAUAUAUGAUUGACGAAACGUUAUCCCAGGAGGCACCUUCAACAGAGAUGGAGAAAGUCAUUCAGUGUCUAUGGGCUGAAGCUCUGGAUAUUGCCAUGGACAAGAUCGGCGCUCAUGAUAACUUUUUCCAGAUUGGAGGCGAUUCAGUCACAGCAAUGCGAAUAGUAUCGGCGACGACACAAACCAACCAGCUGCAAUUAACUGUCUCAGACAUCUUCCAAAACCCACGGUUAUCCGACCUAGCAUGUGUGAUGGCUGAACGUGGAAGAAACGACCUCGACGUCAUGGGCGAAGAUCCGGAGCCAUUCUCAUUAUGGGAAGGUGCCGUUAGUGGCGGUUUAAACGAGCAAAGACGACAAAUCGAAGUUAUUGCAGAGCAGUGCGAUGUUUCCAUCGAAGAUAUCGAAGACAUUUAUCCAUGUACGCCACUACAAGAGGGUCUACUAGCUGUUACAGCACGUCAGCCAUCUGCGUACGUAAGCCGUCAAGCAUAUGUUCUGUCUAAUCAAAUCGACGUACCUCGCUUCCAAAAGGCAUGGCACAAGUUAGUGGCAAGCACUCCUAUCUUACGAACACGCGCCGUUGUGGGACCAGGUGCUUCGUUACAGGUAGUAGUACGUGACGAGAUUACUUGGCGAUGCAGCUCAAGUCUAGAGGACUACAUCCAGCAGGAUAAGGACGAAGGUAUAAGACCAGGUCAGCCGCUCUCACGCUACGGUCUUGUCGAACUACCCUCUGGCGAGCAGAUUUUUGUUUGGACAGCCCACCACAGUAUAUAUGAUGGCUGGACUAUUCGCUUGUUAUGCAGUCAGCUCAUAAGUCUUUACCAACAAGAUGAAGAUAUACCUAUAUCUAUUCCGUAUUCACGCUUCAUCCAAUACCUCACCCAAACGAAUAGUGCGGAGAGCAUCGAAUACUGGCGUGAACAGCUCAAGGGAGAUUCAGUAACCGCAGAUUGGCCUUUGCUUCCUCAACCCAAUUAUGAACCCCGACCACGGCACUCGCUCAAAAAGCGUAUAUCUUUGCCUCAUGCUGAGCGUCAGGAUAUCGUGAUGUCCAACAUAUUGCGAGCCGCCUGGGGCCUAGUGAUGGCACAAUACUCUGGUCAGAACGACGUAGUAUAUGCAGCUAACGUCUCUGGUCGCAGUGCACCAGUCAGAGACGUGACCGAUAUUGCUGCCCCAACAAUCACCACAGUACCUAUACGAAUGCGCUUCGACCACACUGGCACUGUGUAUGACUUCUUGCACCAUAUUCAACAACAAGCUAUUGAAAUGAUCAACCACGAACAUACAGGUCUGCAAGUGAUCAAGUCGCUUGCCCCAGAACUGAGUGAUUCGGUGUUGAAGCUUCGAAACCUUCUCGUCAUCCAGCCAGCUGCUGAGAGCGAUACGCAUCUUGAUUUUCCUGGAAUUACGCUUGUUCCAGCGGACGUCGAGGACUUUGACGCCUAUGCAGUGAACAUUGAGUGCACGUUGGGGCAAGAGGUUGGUGUUGAAGCACGUUACGACGAGGGUGUUGUCCCAACACCCCAUAUGAACAGGGUUCUGGACCAGUUCGUAUACAUUGUUGAACGACUAUGUGAUCCGUCUAUUAGAACACAUCAGCUAAGGGAUGUCAAUCUGAUCAACCCCGAAGACAAAAUGCAGAUCUCAACAUGGAAUGCAACUGGACCUCAGCGUGUAACUAAAUGCAUACAUGAGCUCGUACAAGAGCAGGCCCUCGCGCGCCCACUGGCUCUGGCAGUUCUGGCUUGGGAUGGACAGCUCACUUAUAGCGAACUAGACCAUCUAGCCAAUAGCCUCGCACACCAACUCGUGUCUUUCGGCGUUGGGUCUGCCCUGGAUCAGAUGGUGGGUGUGUGUAUGGAAAAGUCCCUGUUUGCAGUGGUGGCAAUGCUAGCAGUACUCAAAGCGGGAGGCGUAGUUGUUCCAUUGGGAGUUACUCAUCCAACAACGCGGCUCAAUACUAUCAUCCAGGACACGGGGAUGAGCAUGGUACUUGUAGACGCCGUCCAAGACGAGCGCCUUGCUGGACUAAGUCCUAGACGACUGUUGGUCAAUUCAAGCUAUCUAAACCAACACCUGCCCGCUCAAAUAGCGGGCCCAAAGACCCCGGUCACUCAUAUCGACGCCGCAUGGGUUAUCUACACUUCAGGAACGACGGGCACACCUAAAGGAGCAGUCUUGGAGCACGGUGCUCUGAGCACGAGUAUCAAAGCGCAUGGAGCUAGGUAUGGAUUUGGCUAUCAUACACGCAAAAUCAAUUACGCAGCGCAUACCUUCGACGGCACGAUUGAAGACUUCUUUACAACUCUUUCUUGGGGAGGUAUAUGCUGUGUUCCAUCUGAAGAGGAUCGGAUGGACACGCAUAAGCUGACGGAGUUCAUGCGUUUGACAGGAGUCAAUUCUGCUGCCAUGACAUAUACGGUCGCUCGUUUGUUCUCUCCGAAGGAUGUACCAAGUCUACAUACCCUAGUACUAGGAGGGGAGCCAGCAACAAUCGAUGUGGUGAAGAUAUGGAUGACGGAAGUCAAUCUUUUUAACUGUUAUGGUCCAUCGGAAUGUUCGAUUUUUUCUACUGCCGCGGGGCCAACCAAGAACGUGAACGAGCUCCAUAACAUUGGGUUUCCUAUUGGGACGCGCCUAUGGGUAGUUGAUAUAGAAGACUAUAACAAGUUGUGCCCUAUUGGAGCUCCGGGUGAGCUUCUGAUUGAAGGCCCUCAACUGGCCCGAGGUUACUUGAAUGAUGAAAGCAAGACUGGUGCUGCUUUCAUUGUCGACCCGGCUUUUACAGCCCACUUCAAUCUACCGCGUGGGCUUCGAAUGUAUCGUUCUGGCGAUAUUGUGCGUCAGAAGAACGACGGCUCACUAGUUUACGUCGCACGGCGUGACAUGCAGGUUAAGAUACACGGUCAGCGGGUUGAGAUCGGAGAAAUCGAGACCCAGAUUUCGCAGCAUCUACCAGAGGCUCGUACUGUAGCUGUAGAGUUACUGAAGCUGGGCACACAAGGCCAGCCUGUUCUAGUUGCAGCCUUGGACUUUGCGGAUGAAAGUCAGUAUCACACUAGCGAUAUCACGUCCUUCGGUAUGCUUGCUCCAACCGAAGAAAUACGGGAAGUCUUUAUCAAGCUUAGUGGGACCUUGUUUCAAGUACUCCCCGGAUACAUGGUGCCAUCAGCUUAUGUAUCUGUCGCUGAAAUGCCGCGAAAUAUCUCGGGUAAGCUUGAUCGUAAGACUCUGAGGAAUAUGCUAGAAGCUUUACCCGCCGACACAUUUCAACAAUAUCUGGAUGGAGAAGCUAAAGCAUCACCAUCAACUGAUAUGGAACUUCGAUUACAAGCCCUUUGGGCUGAAGCUCUAGGUAUAAGCACGGACAGAGUAGGUGCUCACGACAACUUCUUCCAGCUCGGGGGUGACUCGGUAGCUGGGAUGCGUAUUGUAGCUAUGAGCCAAGCUCGUGAACUAAGAUUGAACGUCGCAGACAUCUUUUCUCACCCACGCUUGUCGGACCUGGCGGGAAUCUUGGCUGAACGAACAAACAACGAUGAGGUAUUCCACUCAGAUCCUCAACCAUUUGCUCUCUGGUCAAGCACAACAAGCAAAGUGUUAGAUGAGGGUGAACUCCUGGAAGACAUUGCAUCCAAAUGCGAUGUCACUGUGAACCAGAUCGAAGACAUUUACCCUUGCACGCCGCUCCAAGAAGGUAUGAUAGCGAUUACAGCAAGACAAUCUGCUGCCUACGUGAGUCGCCAAAUAUACGCAUUCGACGCCACGGUGAUCGAACUGGACAGAUUUCAAAGAGCCUGGCAGAUGCUGGCCAAUGCUACCCCUAUUCUCCGGACUCGAUUGGUGAUCACGCAGAACGGCCAGUCGAUGCAGGUGGUGCUUUACGACGCUAUCGAGUGGCGACUAAGUACAGACCUCGUUACGUAUGUGAACCAGGACAUCGACGAGGGCAUCACCCUAGGCCAGCCGCUGUUGAGGUACAGUCUUGUCAAGCAAACCACCGGCGAAUGCUUCUUUGUCUGGACAGCUCACCACUGUAUAUAUGAUGGCUGGACUAUGCGUUCAAUCUGCCAGCGCCUUGUUGAGACAUACAAUAACAUUAACAAUGCCGGCUACCAAAUGCCUCCUCCCGUACCAUACUCACGUUUCAUCUACUAUCUCACUCAAAGUGAUGAGUCGGCUGCGGCAACUUACUGGCGUCAGCAACUACAGGGCGACGUAAUGGCUGACUGGCCACCACUGCCAAGUGUCGAUUACCAGCCAAAGCCACGACAUCGGGCAAAGAAGACGAUCAGAGUUUCAGGAGGUCCUAGCAAAGAGAUUCUGACUUCCAACAUACUUCGGGCUGCCUGGGCCUUAGUGAUGGCGCAGUAUACAGGACAUCGGGACGUUGUGUUUGCGGCCGCUGUCUCUGGCCGCAAUGCUCCCGUCUGGCAAAUUGGUGAAAUUGUGGGUCCUACUCUGACUACUGUGCCUGUUAGAGUGCAAGUAGACCGUACCAUUACGGUGAGACAGUUCAUUCAAGCAGUUCAGGAACAAUCAACCUCCAUGAUUCGCUACGAGCACACCGGAUUACAAAAGAUUAAAGCCCUUGUGCCUGAAGCAGUCACGGCCUUGGAGCUACGUAAUGUUCUUGUGGUGCAAAUUGCAGCGGAAAGCGAUAACGGCAUUGAAUUCCCAGGACUAACGGCCCUCCCAGUGCCAUUUGAGGAUUUUGAUAGCUUCGGCAUCCAUCUCGAGUGCACGCUAGGAUCAGAUAUCAUCGAAGUCGAGGCUCGCUAUGAUGUCAACGUCGCGUCGACCUCGUAUACGGAGAGAGUACUCGACCAGUUCGAGUACGUGGUCCAACAAUUCCAUGACCCGACCUACAGUGAAUGCUCCUUGCAGAGUAUUCAGCUCAAUGCACACGACGAGCGCCAAAUAUUGGCGUGGAACACGACGGUGCCAUCGCACACAGAGAUAUGUGUGCAUGAUUUAGUGGAUAUCCAUGUCGCCGCUCGACCCACGGCACCUGCGAUCUGCGGAUGGGAUGGUGAUCUCACUUACGGGGAGCUUUCCCAACUAGCCACUUCCCUCGCUCUUUAUCUCCAAAGCCAGCUAGGUGUGGGACCGGAGCAAAUGGUCGGAGUGUGCAUGGAAAAGUCAAAAUGGGCCGUGGUUGCUAUGCUAGCCGUAAUGUACGCUGGCGGUGUCGUUGUACCUCUGGGCGUCGCUCACCCCUUGACUCGAAUCAGGAGCAUUUUAGCAGACUCGGCGUCUAGCGUGAUGCUGGUCGAUGCCACGCAAAGGGAGAGGCUAGCCGAUGUGCAUGCCACACUAAUCAAUGUCGAUGCAAAGCUCAUAGAGCGUCUAUCAAGCCAGAAUCAGGAUCAGACACAAGUGUUGCAGACAGAGGUGACACCUCGCAAUUUGGCCUGGGUAGUCUAUACCUCUGGAAGCACGGGCAACCCUAAAGGGGUCAUGUUGGAGCAUAGAGCACUAAGCACCAGUCUUUUGGCCCAUGGAUAUGCCUUUGGGAUGGAUAUCAACACCCGCACGAUUCAGUUUGCGGCCCAUACAUUCGACGCUGCCAUCCAGGAUAUCUUUACGACCUUUUGCAAAGGUGGUUGUGUCUGUAUUCCCUCGGAGCAUGAUCGAGUCAACAGUCUUACUACGGCAAUGGUCUCCAUGAACAUCAACUUUGCAAACUUUACCUCGACUGUUGCGUCAAUGCUUAUACCGGAAGAAGUUCCGUCAUUACGGACCAUGAUCCUAGCUGGUGAAGCCGUUACUCCAACUGCAGUAGGGCUUUGGUCGCAGCAUGUUACUAUUUUUAACUCUUAUGGUCCGUCCGAGUGCUCCAUCAACUCGUCAUGCAGUAAGCCAGUUAAAGAGGUCAGUCAGGCAUCGAACGUAGGUUUGCCAUUAUCCUGCUGCUUUUGGGUUACGGAUGCCGCCAACUGCAACUACCUCUGCCCUAUCGGCGCGCCUGGGGAGCUUCUAAUCGAAGGUCCAAUUCAGGCCCGAGGCUAUCUAAACGACAAGGAAAAAACAAACGCAUCCUUCGUGACGGACCCUGGCUUUACUAGGAGACUCGGCCUAUCCGGACGUCGUAUGUAUCGAACUGGUGAUUUAGUGCGACAAAAUACGGAUGGCACACUGACGUAUCUUGGUCGCCAGGAUCUUCAGGUCAAGAUCCGUGGUCAACGAGUGGAAAUCGGAGAGAUUGAAUAUUAUAUUAAGAAGCAGCUAGCUGGUGCUCGCACAGUCUCGGUCGAGAAAAUGGAGCAAGGUCUUCAGAGAGAGCAGAUACGACUUGUAGCUGUGAUGGACUUCAAUGAUACGAGUGAGCAUUCUCGUAACACCAAUGUUCUUCUAGAUUCUGGAGCAUUACAGCCGACGCCAAUUCUUCAAAAUGCAUUCGAGAAGCUACGCAAGUCACUUAGCGACGUCCUGCCAUCAUACAUGGUUCCCACUUUCUACCUACCGCUAGCUCAAAUGCCGAUCAACGGCUCAAAUAAACUUGAUCGACGAGCUGUUCAAGCCGUUCUUGCCGGUCUAACACCAGAUACUUUGCAACAAUACCUACCCAGUAGCACAAAUGCAAUACAAGCUCCAGAAACUGAGUUGGGACGACGACUUCAAGGUCUUUGGGCCGAUGCACUUGGCAUUAGCGUUGAUUCUGUGGGGAUGAAUGACAACAUUUUCCACUUAGGUGGAGACUCGGUGACAGCAAUGCGCAUAGUGGCAGCGGCGUACUCUCGUGAGCUUCAACUCACCGUUGCAGACAUAUUUCAGCACCCUCAGCUUGCCGAUUUAGUUGAUGCGCUCAGCAACCGCUCGCUCGACCUCAGCACCAAGGUAGAAGAGAACCCACUGCCCUUUGAACUUUGGGAGGAGGCAGCUAGCUGUAACUUCGAGGAGCAGCAGAGGCUUUUAACUGAAGUUGCAGCUCAAUGUGGUGUCGCUGUCAGCCAGAUUGAGGAUGUCUAUCCCGCAACACCCCUACAGGAAGGUCUCAUAGCUAUUACGGCAAGACAGCCUGCCGCUUACGUCAGUCGACAGGUGUAUACCUUGGACGACACGGUAGACCAGGCCAGGUUCAAAGCAGCCUGGCAGGCUUUGUCCGACGAAGCUCAUAUCCUUCGCACUCGACUCUUGGUUGCGCCUCACGGGCUCCAAGUCGUGGUCAACGACAGGGCUACUUGGCAAUAUGGCACGGAUUUGGAUAGAUAUCUGCAAGCUGAUCGCAGAGCCGGCAUGUCUCCUGGGGAGCCAUUAGUGCGGUAUGGCUUCGUCAAACAACCAUCUGGGGAAACAUUUUUCAUUUGGACAUCUCACCAUUCCUUGUACGACGGCUGGACGCUCCGAUCUCUUGGGAAACGACUCAUUGAUCUCUACAAUGGUGGCGAUCCGCAGUCUUUUGUUCCAUUCUCACGCUUCAUCCGGUACCUUCAGUUCGGUCGCCCUGACAAGAACGAUGCCGUAUCGUACUGGAGAAACGAAUUACAAGGCGAUGUUGUGACAGACUGGCCGUCCCUACCACGCCCUGACUAUCAACCCUUACCGCAAAACAAUUUCAGUCAUGCUAUCACUCUACCAGAUAGUCAUUAUUCAGGCACUGUGGUGAUAUCCAAUGUUAUCCGUGCAGCUUGGGCCUUGGUUAUGAGCCAAUAUUCAGGCCAUAACGACGUAGUGUUCGCUGCGACAGUUUCAGGUCGGAAUGCUCCAGUGUGGCAAAUUGCUGAUAUACCAGCACCAACUAUCACCACAGUGCCAUUACGGAUAUCUGUAGAGCCGACACAAACAGUUGCCGAGUUCUUAGAUACAGUCCAACAACAAGCGGUGAAUAUGAUUGACUAUGAACACACCGGGCUACAGGGAAUCAAGGCGCUAGCACCAGACCUCGGACCUGCCAUAGACUUACGCAAUCUUUUGGUGGUCCAGCCAACUGCUGACAGCGAUAGCACUGUCCAACUAGGCUUCCCAGGGCUUGGUUCGGUACCAAUGCCCAUCGAGCCCUUUAACAGCUACGGCCUCACCGUCGAAUGUAAGCUCGCGUCGCAUGAGGUCGUGGUAGACGUCCAUUAUGACAAGGACGUUAUCUCUUCUUCACAAUUGAGACGUGUGAUAGAUUUCUUUGCCUGUGUAGUCGAGCGACUUUGCACCCAGUCUGCUAGAUCAUGUCGAGUCGAGGACAUCGUGGCGAUUGGGAAAGAAGACUUGCAACAGGUCUUAGCAUGGAAUUCGACUAUUCCGCCGCACGUGAACAAAUGUAUCCACGAAAUGGUACAAGCCCAAGUCGAGAGAAGUCCAACUGCUUCUGCGAUAAAUGCAUGGGACGGUAAUCUUACCUACGGCGAAUUUUUCAACAACUCUGCACGCCUUGCACACCACCUUGUUGCUCUUGGAGUAGGUAGAGGGGGCACUGUAGGAAUCUGUAUGGACAAGUCGAAGUGGGGACCUGUUGCAAUGCUUUCCAUCAUGCAAGCAGGAGCUGCCAUAAUGCCGUUAGGAACAUCGCACCCGCUCAUGCGUAUCGAGACUAUCGUAAACAACUCCGAAGCAGCUAUCAUCAUUGUCGAUGAGGAGCAAAAACAGCGACUUGCUCAACUAUGCACAAAGUCAACUUUAACUCUAGUGAAUAUGGAUGCAGAACUGUUUAAACAGCUCCCAGCUCAGACUGGGAUCCCAGAGACUGGAGUGCGACCGAAUGACGCGUCUUGGUUGAUACACACUUCAGGCAGCACAGGAAUUCCCAAGGGUGUGAUCAUUGACCAUGUUACAAUGUCGACUAGUCUCCAAGCACAGGGGUCCUGGCUAGGAUUGAAUCCAAAGUCAAGAUUCCUGCAAUUCUCUAACUACACAUUUGACAACGUUAUUACCGAUACAUUUGCGACGACAAUAUUUGGUGGAUGUGUUUGCGUUCCAUCAGAGGAAGCUCGCAUGAAUAACUUGACCGAAUUCAUAGCCACAACGAAUAUCAACGUCGCUAUGCUCACGUCCACUGUGGCCCGACAAAUCUCACCUCCACAGGUACCGCUACUACAUACCCUAAUUCUGACAGGUGAGCCUGUACGCGCCGACGUGGUCAACACUUGGUUAGGCCAUGCGGAUAUCUACAACGCUUACGGACCUACGGAAGGCUCUAUGAGCACUUGUACCAAGCCAAUAACGAGUUCCGACCAGGUCACAAAUAUAGGCUACCCAUUAGCUACGUGUGCCUGGAUCACACAACCUGAUUGUAGUCAGCUGUCCCCAAUUGGAGCACCCGGGGAACUCUUUAUUGAAGGCCCCCUUCUAGCGCGAGGAUAUCUCAAAGACCCAGCGAAGACCCGUGAUUUAUUUAUCAUUGAUCCUGAGUUCACCAAGCGUCUAGGCUUAGAGAAUCGUCGAGUGUACCGUACUGGAGAUCUUGUCCGUCAAAAUGAGGACGGGUCUCUGAUUUAUCUUGGUCGACGGGAUUUACAAGUCAAGAUUCGAGGCCAACGGGUUGAGGUUGGUGAGAUCGAACAUCAAAUUAUAAGACACAUGCCAGGAGCAGAAUUGGUAGCUGUGGAAUUGACACAGCAGCAAGAUACGGAAGCAGAGCAAUUGAACUUGAUCGCAGCAAUUGAGUUUGCGAAAGAUAGUGAUCAUUGCCGUGGCUUGGAGAACAUCUCAGGUCCUCGGAUACUCGCGCCGACGGAUGCAUUACGUGACGACUUCGAACGUUUGCGGGGGGCUCUGUACCAAGUUUUACCGUCUUAUAUGAUACCGUCAGCUUUUGUACCCACUGCCAAUCUAGAUCGAAACUUAUCCGGCAAGCUCGAUCGAAGGCUACUGCGCGGGUUAUUAGGAGCUCUAUCAAGGCAAGAGCUGCAGCAAUAUCUCGAUCGUGAAGGAUCUAAAGUGGCGCCAUCUACUAGCAUGGAACGGCAAUUACAGACCCUCUGGGCGGAAGCACUUGAUGUGCCUCCAGAACAGGUCGGGGCACACGAUAACUUCUUUCAGAUUGGCGGUGAUUCGGUAGUUUCCAUGCGUGUUGUUGCGGCAUCCCACUUGCACAAUCUCAAUCUGAGGGUCAGCGAUAUAUUCCAGCAUCCGUGCCUGUCAGAUCUAGCCGCAGGAUUGACCGACCGACUAAUUCACCAAGUCAUUGGUAGCGAAGAUGGUCCCGCUCCUUUCGCCUUGAUCGAGACGGACGACAUUGACGAGUUCAUUCAGCGAUUAGCAAAUUCAGUCAGCGGAUGCGCCAUUGAGGACAUUGUUGACAUCCUCCCAACUACGGAUUUUCAGUCAUCAACCGUGACUACAGCUUUGACGGCACCUGAAUCGGGAACCACCCACUUUCUCCUUGAUGGCAAUGGCCCAUGUGACACACAGGCGCUCAAAAAGAGCUGUCUUGACCUGAUUCAGAUCACUGACACAUUACGUACAGCUUAUGUGUUCGAUCAAGGUCAACUCUUCCAGGUUGUUCAAGCUGCUUUUGAGCCGGAAAUCAAGGUCUACGAGACCGAUUCAACUGUGGAGGCCGUCACAGAGGAUAUAGUCUCCAAGAACAUGUUCCAACCCAUUGGUUUGGGUCAGCCAUUCACUCAAAUUGCAAUUAUUCAGGAGACUGGGACAUUGAAACAUAGGGUUCUCCUUCGUCUUACUCAUGCAGAAUACGAUGCUCAUUCAAUGGGCACCAUCUGGCAGAAUCUUCGAUCAUUAUAUGAGGGUACAUCAAUCCAGCCACAAGCUACAUUCUCGGAUUUUUUGUACAGUCAGAUGCAAAGCAUAGGUGAUGAUACCUAUGACUAUUGGCGAGACCUUCUGAAGGGAUCAUGUAUGCCUGCAAUCAGCCCAUCAACGUCGACGAUCGGCCAGUAUCCCUUGAAGGUCAAUCAAGAUUUGUCACGUACUAUCGAGAUGACCGAAUCCAUGGUCGAGGGCACAACUAGCGCGAUUCUCAUGAAGACAGCGUGGUCCCUCGUUCUGUCUCAAUUUCUGAGCAUUACCGACAUCGUGUUUGCGGACACUGUAUCAACACGAACGGCAGCUGAUCCAUCUCUGAUGGACGCCAUGGGCUGCUGCGUCACUCUUCUUCCAUUUCGAGUCACACUAGAGCAACAAUGGACAAUUAAGGAUCUGCUACAAAACGUGCGUAACCAGCAGAUCCAAAGUAUGCAGCAUUCCCAACUAGGAUUUCGCGAAAUCCUGCACAAGUGUAGCGACUGGCCAACCUCAACCCGCUUCACAUCUGCCAUCAACCACAUAUCUGGCCAGGACUCCGCUUUCUCAAUGCGUGAUACUGAGUACAGUAUCUCUGCCUUGGAGAUCAAAGAUCCUUUGUGGAUAAUUGACGUUGGGAUUACAACAAUCCAGCGUGGUAAUGAGCUCGAAAUACGAUUGUCUUACCUGCCUGCCAAUAUAUCUGAAAUCGUUGCAGCUGGAUUAUUAGACGCGCUUCGGGACACUGUGCAGCUCAUUGCCAAUGAUCCCCUUCUACCUGUCGAACAGGUGUUGUCGCUCCAUAGCGGUGAAAGAUUGCAAAACGGGGCAUCAAAGUAG